UUGAGAGAGAGGGAGGAACAGGCAGGAUCCCGGAGCCACCUGGAUUUCAAGCUGGCCGAGGCCUCCCGAGUGACGUGGCUGCGGUCACUGCCUGAUGAGCUCAGGCAGAGGCGCCUGGGGACGGGGUAAGAGAGACAGAGUCUCCCUAUGUUGCCCAGGCUGGUCUCAAGCUCCUGAGUUCAAGCAAUCUGCCCGGCCUCCCAAAGUGCUGGGAUGACAGGCUGCUCCUCCGUCGAGCUGAUCACACCCACAGUUGAGCUGUGCUGGCCAGAGAUGCCUGCCCACAGCCUGGCAAUGAGCAGCCCGGCCCUCCCGGCCUUCCUGCUCUGCAGCACGCUGCUGGUCAUCAAGAUGUACGUGGUGGCCAUCAUCACGGGCCAAGUGAGGCUGCGGAAGAAGGCCUUUGCCAAUCCCGAGGAUGCCCUGAGACACGGAGGCCCCCAGUAUUGCCGGAGCGACCCCGAUGUGGAGCGCUGCCUCAGGGCCCACCGGAAUGACAUGGAGACCAUCUACCCCUUCCUUUUUCUGGGCUUCGUCUACUCCUUUCUGGGUCCUAACCCUUUUGUCGCCUGGAUGCACUUCCUGGUCUUCCUCCUGGGCCGUGUGGUGCACACCGUGGCCUACCUGGGGAAGCUGCGGGCACCCAUCCGCUCUGUGACCUACACCCUGGCCCAGCUCCCCUGUGCCUCCAUGGCUCUGCAGAUCCUCUGGGAAGCGGCCCGCCACCUGUGACCAGCAGCUGACACCUCCUUGGCCACCAGACCGUGGGCCAAGAGCCGCCGCGGCUGUACCUGGGGACUUGGUCUUCCUUCCAGAUUGUGGUGGGCCCUGAGUCCUGAUUUCCAGGCGACCUGCUGCGCAUAUGGGUCUCUGGGCCCAGUGGGCCUGUGUGUGUGCGCGUGUGUGUAUAUGUAUGUGUGUGUGUAUGUUUCUUAGCCCCUUGGAUUCCCACAUGAAGUGACUGACGGGAACCAUUUCAAGACAGAUUGUUAAGAUUGACAGAAAAUCCUUCAGCUAAAGAAACAGAAUAUCAAAAACACCACUCCCUCUCCCUCCCUAACAGUGAAAAGAGAGAAGGGAAACUCUAAGAUUCCCAAACCUAAUGAUCAUCUGAAUCCCAGGCUAAGAAUGCAGACUUUUCAGACUCACCCCAGAGAUUCUGGCCCAGCCAAUCUAGAGGCAAGACUGGCCUGGUAUUUUUUUUUUUUUUUUCCAAGACAGAGUCUUGCUCUGCUGCCCAGGCUGGAGUGAAGUGGUAUGAUCUGGCUUACUGCAGCCUCCACCUCCCAGGUUCAAGCGAUCCUCCUGCCUCAGCCUCCUGAGUAGCUGGGAUGACAGGCGUGUGUCACCAUACCCGGCUAAUUUUUGUAUUUUUAGUAGAGACAGGGUUUCACCAUGUUGCCCAGGAGGGUCUCAAACUCCUGGCCUCAAGUGAUCCACCCACCUCGGCCUCCCAAAGUGCUGGGAUUACAGGCGUGAGUCACUAGUGCUCAGCCACCAUCUGGAGUUUUAAAAGGCUCCAUGUGAGUCCCUGUGAUGGCCAGGCCAGGGAACCCCUGCCAGUUCUCUGUGGAAGCGAGGCUGGAGUCUUGGGUUCCUGUAUGGUGGAAGCUGGGUGAGCUGAGGACAGGACUGGCUCCUCUGCCCUGGCAGACGCUUCCCUUGCCGUUGGCUUUGGAUGUCUUUGCUGGAGUCUUCUCUCUGGCUCAGGUGUGGGUGGGAGGGGCCCACAGGAAGCUCAGCCUUCUCCUCCCAAAGUUGGAGUGCCUCCAAAGGGCGGAGGAGCGGGAGCUUUGGGUGACCAGUCACUCAAAGGAACUUUCUGGUCCCUUCAGUUAUCUUCAAGGUUUGGAAACUGCAAAUGUCUCCUCGAUGUGGAAUCCUUAUGUAUGAGUGUGUGUGGUUUCUCCUAGACCUGUGACCUGAGAUAUGUGAUUUUUAGUCAUUAAAUGGAAGUGUCUGACCA